AUGCGGGACCGAACCAAGGAACUUGGCAAUGUGAGUUUAAAAAGAAAAACAGGCUAGCUAGCAGGCUAGUUACUAACCAAUAUCAAUGAAUUUAGACUUUUAUGCAUGGUCAGCUGCAGAAUUUGUAGCUAUUUCAUAGGGUAUUCAAUUUAUUCUUUAUCUGGUAGCUAUUAGUGCUAGCUAGCUACAUUGCUUGAUAAUUGGCGAACCUAGCAAGCUACUUGUUAACCUAGGAUAGCUAGCUAAAUUAGCAUAGUUAAGAGAGUCUACAACCAAGGAUGGGCCAGUGGCUAAAAGUGUAGUGAAAGUUCAAUGGCGCACUCAAUAUGGGUUGCAUGUUGGACUUACAUGCUAAUGACGUGAUGAUUUGAUCCAAUAUUUCCCUAUUCUCUCUUCCUCACACACCAGACCGCAGAGGCGUCAGACGAGGAUGAAGAGGGUAGGGCCCUUAUGAUCAAACCGGGGAUUUCUACAAUGAAGGAAGAGAAGGACGUUUUUUUCAAGAAGGUGAAAUCAUGCAACUUAAUUCAACAGUCAAGGCAUCUGUUUGCAUUUUUAUGGUGACUUGAUGUCAGUUUCAAUGUUAUGCUUCUCAGCAGUACUUUUCUCUUGGCUUGUGGUUGUGGAUGCCAAGCACAGGAACAGUUUGUUGUGCCAACAUAACUAUCAUUCUUGAUCUGGCCGAAAUAUUGUCUAGUCAAAACCAGUAGCUUUUCUGUAUGCCCAAUGUACAUGUUAUGCGAACAGUCAUCUUGUCAGUGAUACACACGAUGAUGCAGAAUUUGUUUCCUGGUCCUUACUUUAGUGCCCCAAAAAAGCAAUUUCACAGUUUAGCUAUUACAUUUACCAGCCUGUUUAUCCCUUCUCAUCAGGUCCUAGAGAUUCGAGAGGUAAUGGAGACGCUUAAAAAGGUGGUCUCUGACCUUGAGAACAAACAGAAGACAGUGUUGGGUGUGGCACUGCCAGAGGACGGUCAGUAGAUCAACACUAACACACUGACAUUAUUUGCUAAUAUGCUGAAUGUAAAUAUAUGGCAUGGUGGUAAUGUAUGUAGGAGUUAUUAUAUGAUAUACAUAGAAUAUGGGCAAUUCCAAAAGCUCUGUUAAAUAUAAAAUACAGGUUAAAUAAUCAAAAUAAAAUAUCUACUCCGAAUUAAGAUUCAAAGAUGUCUGCAGAAAGAAUGGGGUGUCGGCUAUGAUAUGACACCUUGAGUUUGAAAAAAAACCUUUUGGUUAUUGAACUACAGUGAGUGAUGGUAACUGAAUGACGACAUGGGUCCCUGAUUUGUACUAUACAGAAAUGCAGAAUUAUUCAUGUCAUUCUCUUCCAUGGUGAUGUAUCCUGAAUAAGUACACAAAGGUAGAAAAAUGCAAUAUCCUCCUUUGCAUGUUUGGGUAUUAUUCUAUACAUUCACUAUUAUUUUAAUGAGCCCCCCCCCCCCCAAACAUGACCAAAUUUGGUUGGUCCAGACCGCACCAAAUCUGUAAGAAUCAUAGAUGUCUGUUUCACAAGUUUGGACAUUACAGUAGAGUACAGCAAAACACAGUAGAGUGUAGUUCAGAACACUACAAUACAGUAAAUUGCUGCACUGUACUCUAGUGUGCUCUACUGUACUAUACUAUACUCCUAUUGUACAGUACUAUAUUGUACUGACAAACUCUACUUUACUGUACUGUGCUGUCCAAACAUGUGAAACAGCAGACGUCUCAUGAUUGGUUCAGAUUUGGACUGACCAAAUUUGAACUACUUUUCAACGUCCGUGGACGUCCGGUGUCGGUUGGUGCUCAGUGGGUGAGAGGGCUGGUUACAGUAAAUGGAAAAAGAAGGGUCUCAUGGGUAGGUGUCAGUAAGAGCCAGGAGAGGUGACAUUAACUGGAGAGAGAGAGAAGUGAGACAAGGAGAGGGAGGGGUUGUCCAGACUGUUUUUACACUCUUGCGUUGACCACCAUGCAACAAAGAAAACAGUUAUGAGCUGAAUAUAACAGUAUGUCAGUGGAAGGGAGGACAGUAACAGGUGACACAACUGUGGUUUGUGACUACUGGGUCAUUCCACCUCAAAAAGCACAAGAAAGAAGAUUGACACCCACCAUCUCAGAUUGUUCUGAAGAAGUUUCUGUUUUUAGAAACAUAAGAUUAGCAUUCCUGCAACAUUUUGUUGAAAUAUAAUUUGAUCUCUGAGAAAUUAAGCUAAUUGAUCGCACCCAAAUUGGCCAUUUUUAAUUUAUAGGAUUUAUAUAAUAUUCAAUAAAUAUAGUACCUAACACCCGAUUUGGACCAAACUUUGUUUUGAACAAUGAUUUAGACUUGAGAAAUCCAAAGAUAUGGUCAAACGCCACCCAGGGACACCCCAUGCCAAUACCACCCCAACAACGAGUAUAUAGUAUCAGUUCUCUAUGUCUGACAAGUAGUAUGGAGCUGCGGCUCGGAGUAUUGUUUGUUCGUCCUAUGUAGGCUUAAUGUGUAGAAGUAGUAUUUGAAGUUGUUUAGGUGUAUGUCUCAUCCUGAUAUUAUCCGGUUCUGACCACUAGAUGGUGCUGUUUUAGCUGAUUUUAUUGAUAAUGAUUUUUUUUAAAGGGAUAGUUCACCCAAAUUACAAAAUGACAUUGGUUUACCUUAUCCUGUAAGCAAUGGACAAGGUCAGACAGCAGCAGUCCAAUGCUUUAGUUUUGUUGUCUACUGUUUCAAUUGCUAACCUUUUAGCAUUUCUGUCACAAAUUUAAUGCAAGUAGGGCCUCCUGUAGCUCAGUUGGUAGAGCAUGGCGCUUGCAACGCCAGGGUUGUGGGUUCGAUUCCCACGGGGGGCCAGUAUGAAAAAUGUAUGCACUCACUAACUGUAAGUCGCUCUGGAUAAGAGCGUCUGCUAAAUGACUAAAAUGUAAAAUGUAAGUAAAUGGUGCAAACAGUGCAUUCGGAAAGUAUUCAGACCCCUUGACUUUUUCCACAUUUUGUUACAUUACAGCCUUAUUAUAAAAUUGAUUAAAUUAAUUGUUUUCCUCAUCAAUCUACACACUAUACCCUAUAAUUACAAAGCGAAAACAGGUUUUUAGAUAUUUUUGCAGCAUUGAAGGUCCCCAAGAACACAGUGGCCUCCAUCAUUCUUAAAUGGAAGAAGUUUGGAACCACCAAGACUCUUAUAAAUAAAAAAUAAAAAAAAUUGGUCAUUUAGCAGACGCUCUUAUCCAGAGCGACUUACAGGAGCAAUUAGGGUUAAGUGCCUUGCUCAAGUGCACAUCGACAGAUUUUUCACCUAGUCUGCUCGGGGAUUAGAACCAGCGACCUUUCGGUUACUGGCACAACGCUCUUACCCACUAAGCUACCUGCCGCCCUCUUCCUAGAGCUGGCUGCCCGGCCAAACUGAGCAAUCGGGAGAGAAGGGCCUUGGACAGGGAAGUGACGAAGAACCCGAUGGUCACUUUGACAGAGCUCCAGAGUUCCUCUGUGGAGAUGGGAGAAUCUUCCAGAAGGACAACCAUCUCUGCAGCACUCCACCAAUCAGGCCUUUAUUGUAGAGUAGCCAGACGGAAGUCACUCCUCAGGAAAAGGCACGACAGCCCGUUUGGAGUUUGCCAAAAGGCACCUAAAGGACUCAGACCAUGAGAAACAAGAUUCUCUGGUCUGAUGAAACCAAUAUUGAACUUAUUGGCCUGAAUGCCAAGCGUCACGUCUGGAGGAAACCUGGCACCAUCCCUACGGUGAAGCAUGGUGUGUGGCAGCAUCAUGCUGUGGGGAUGUUUUUCAGCGGCAGGGACUGGGAGACUAGUCAGGAUCGAGGCAAAGAUGAACGGAGCAAAGUACAGAGAGAUCCUUGAUGAAAACCUGCUCCAGAGCGCAGUCAAUACGAAUAGAACUAAUGACCAGAGAAUGCCGUUAAUUGCACUUGACAACCAGUGUUAGUGAAAGUAACAUCACGUUUUGUUGAAAAAUUGAUGGUUUGGGAAAGAAUCUUGUUUUUUCAUGUUGGUAACCCAUUGAAUAAAAGCAAUAAUACACUCGAGUGGCUAUGACCACUUACAGUGAGGGGAAAAAAGUAUUUGAUCCCCUGCUGAUUUUGUACAUUUGCCCACUGACAAAUGGUAGGUUUAUUUGAACAGUGAGAGACAGAAUAACAACAGAAAAAUCCAGAAAAACGCAUGUCAAAAAUGCAUUUUAAUGAGGGAAAUAAGUAUUUGACCCCCUCUCAAUCAGAAAGAUUUCUGGCUCCCAGGUGUCUUUUAUACAGGUAACGAGCUCAGAUUAGGAGCACACUCUUAAAGGGAGUGCUCCUAAUCUCAGUUUGUUACCUUAAUAAAAGACACCUGUCCACAGAAGCAAUCAAUCAAUCAGAUUCCAAACUCUCCACCAUGGCCAAGACCAAAGAGCUCUCCAAGGAUGUCAGGGACAAGAUUGUAGACCUACACAAGGCUGGAAUGGGCUACAAGACCAUCGCCAAGCAGCUUGGUGAGAAGGUGACAACAGUUGGUGCGAUUAUUCGCAAAUGGAAGAAACACAAAAUAACUGUCAAUCUCCCUUGGCCUGGGGCUCCAUGCAAGAUCUCACCUCGUGGAGUUGCAAUGAUCAUGAGAACGGUGAGAAAUCAGCCCAGAACUACACGGGAGGAUCUUGUCAAUGAUUUCAAGGCAGCUGGGACCAUAGUCACCAAGAAAACAAUUGGUAACACACUACGCCGUGAAGGACUGAAAUCCUGCAGCGCCCGCAAGGUCCCCCUGCUCAAGAAAGCACAUAUACAUGGCUGUCUGAAGUUUGCCAAUGAACAUCUGAAUGAUUCAGAGGAGAACUGGGUGAAAGUGUUGUGGUCAGAUGAGACCAAAAUCGAGCUCUUUGGCAUCAACUCAACUCGCCGUGAGACUGCCAAGAGAGGGCCGCCCACCAAAACUCACGGACCAGGCAAGCAGGGCAUUAAUCAGAGAGUCAACAAAGAGACCAAAGAUAACCCUGAAGGAGCUGCAAAGCUCCAAAGCAGAGAUUUUGAGUAUCUGUCCAUAGGACCACUUUAAGCCGUACACUCCACAGAGUUGGGCUUUACGGAAGCCAUUGCUUAAAGAAAAACAUAAGCAAACACGUUUGGUGUUCGCCUAAAGGCACGAGGGAGACUCCCCAAACAUAUGGAAGAAGGUACUCUGGUCAGAUGAGACUAAAAUUGAGCGUUUUGGCAAUCAAGGAAAACGCUAUGUCUGGCGCAAACCCAACACCUCUCAUCACUCUGAGAACACCAUCCCCACAGUCUAGCAUGGUGGUGGCAGCAUCAUGGUGUGGGGAUGUUUUUCAUCGGCAGGGACUGGGAAACUGGUCAGAAUUGAAGGAAUGAUGGAUGGCGCUAAAUACAGGGAAAUUCUUGAGGGAAACCUGUUUCAGUCUUCCAGAGAUUUGAGACUGGGACGGAGGUCCACCUUCCAGCAGGACAAUGACCCUAAGCAUACUCCUAAAGCAACACUCGGGUGGUUUAAGGGGAAACAUUUAAAUAUCUUGGAAUUGCGUAGUCAAAGCCCAGACCUCAAUCCAAUUGAGAAUCUGUGGUAUGAGUUAAAGAUUGCUGUAUACCGACAGAACCCAUCCAACUUGAAGGAGCUGGAGCAGUUUUGCCUUGAAAAAUGGGUAAAAAUCCCAGUGGCUUUAUGUGCCAAGCUUAUAGAUACAUACCCCAAGAGACUUGCAGGCUCUACAACGUAUUUACUUUGGGGGGGUGAAUAGUUAUGCACGCUCAAGUUUUCUGUUUUUUUUGUCUUAUUUCUUGUUUGUUUCACAAUGAAAAAUAUGUUGCAUCUUCAAGGUGGUGGGCAUGUUGUGUAAAUCAAAUGAUACAAACCUAAAACAAAAUCCAUUUUAAUUCCAGGUUGUAAGGCAACAAAAUAGGAAAAAUGCCAUGGGGGGUGAAUACUUUCGCAAGCCACUGUAUAUAUUGGAAAGGAGCAUCAAGCUCAUCUUCUUGCACUUUCACCACCCUGUGAAGUUCAUUAUAACUUAUUUCAUCUGUAGCCUAAUUAACUGCAUGCUUUCCCGACGAGUCGUAGUGGGAUGACCACUCAUGUCAUCGCGUGACUCCAAGUUUACUUCGAUAUGAUGGUUAUUAUAUCAAUAAUUGCGCAUAAAAGCAUUUCCACUGAAAUGUCUUGCAUAAUUAAUUUUACAGACACAAAAAGAUCCCACCUUGUCUAGCUUAUUUUAUUUUGUCGACAUUUAUAAAGUUUAUCGACAAAUUUUCUGUUUCCAUCAUGCCUGUCAUGACAUAAUUUUUUAUCCGGCAUGUACUUUACUCGCAAAAAAAGGUUGGAUGGAAACCUGGUUAGUGACUUUCUUUGAACAGGGGGAAAAAACAUCACCAAAUUCACGGAGAAUACAUUACAUAGGAUGAAGAAACAAUAUUCCAAGCCACAGCUCCAUACUACUUGUCAGACAUGGAGAACUGAUACUGUAUACUCGUUGUUGGGGUGGGAUUGGUGUGGGGGUUCCGUGGGUGGCUUUUGACUAUUUCUUUGGAUUCCUCAUGUCUUACUCUCUAGCCUAAUUUCCAUCCACAGCUGUGAUGGAAGCAGGAAGUUUCGGUACAAUUUUAUAAAUGGCAACAGAUUAUUUGUCCGUUCGACAUGGUGGGAUCUUUUUGUGUCUGUAAAAUGUAUUAACCUACCCCCACAGCCUACCAGAGUAGGCAGAUUAGCUUUGUUUUAUAUAUAUUUUUUAUGAUAUCCAAUUGGUAGUUACAGUCUUGUCCCAUCGCUGCAACUCCCAUUCAGACUCGGGAGAGGCGAAGGUCGAGAGCCAUGCAUCCUCCGAAACACGACCCUGCCAAGCCGCACUGCUUCUUGACACACUGCUCACUUAACCCGGAAGCCAGCCGUACCAAUGUAUCGGAGGAAACGCCGUACAACUGGCGACCGUGUCAGCUUGCAUGCUCCCGGCCCGCCACAGGAGUCACUAGAGCACGAUGGGACAAGGACAUCCCAGCCGGCCAAAUCCUCCCCCUAACCCGGACGAUGCUGGGCCAAUUGUGCGUCGCCUCAUGGGUCUCCCGGUCGCGGCCGGCUGCGACACAGCCCCGGAUCGAACCCGGUUCUGUAAUGACGCUUCAAGCACGGCAAUGCCUUAGACCGGCACAUUUGCUUUUUAACUCAACAGUUUUUGUGACAAAACUAUCGGGAUAAUUGAAAAUGCGAUGGAAACACAUUGAACUUUCGAUUUUUAUUCGGUACAUGAAAAUGUAAGCGAAAAAGUACAUUUUGUGUGCACUAUGUCAUCACAUACAGAUUUUUAUCCGCAACAAGUACGUUUGGUGGAAACACACCAUUGAUGGGGAAAUGCGCAUAUUUCCUUUAUGCUGAUUUUAGAAUAUUCGCAUGAAAAUCUGUCGCCAAUUGGAUAGAAACGUAGAAAUGUUUAGAAAAAAGUUUGGUCCAAAUCAGAUGUUAGGUACUACUAUAUUUAUUUAAUAGUAUUUGAAUCCUAUAAAUUAAAAUAGCCAAUUUGGGUAAUUUCUCAGAUCAAAUUAUAUUUCAACAAAAUAAUGUUGCAGGAAUGCUAAUCUUAUCUGUUUUCUAACUACAGAAAUGAUAUCAGAACAAUCUGAGAUGGUGGGUGUCAUGGCAUGCUGAAAUGACAUGGAACAACCCUACUAUGAAUUCUCAUUGUAGCCAAUUCAGUUGCAGUCAUUGUUACAGAUUCUUUGGUCGAUUUGGUAACAUAAUGACACGUUUUAAUCACUUAAUAAAUCAUAAACCAAAUUCUUCUCAGUUAAAACAUUUUAUACAACAGGUGGUUUGAAAUUCCCAUUGUUAGUCUAUCCUGCCCAUGAUAUACUAGACAACAUACACAUGGGCACAUUAUAAAAAGUGCCGUUGCCUAGCAACACAGUACUAUUACUUUUACAGAUCCACUGUCUCAUCUGCUCAGUCAUGCAAUGUAUAAACUUGAUCUCUACUGUAAAAAGCAUCUAGACAUUAUCUCUGACAUUUGCAACAUUGUUGCAAUAAAGACAGGCAGAUUUUCUCAGCCAGUCGAUAUCAUGAUUCAGCAUUAUUUGUAUGGAUACACAAAGAAAUGUCAAUAGAUAAACAAGUAAAACGAAACGCAGCUAGUUUGCAGUCUUUCAAGCCUCAGUCUGAAGUGAUUGUGUUAGCUGUGUUGGCUAGCUAGCGAGGGAAGAGCCUCCAUAGCAACCAUUUUUGUUUGCCAUAGCAACCUGCAAAGUUCUGGAACUAUCAACCCGCACUUGGGUAGUUUCGCGUUACAUAGCAGUCAUUACGAAUAUAACUAAUGACCAGAGAAUGCCGUUAAUUGCACUUGACAACCAGUGAUAGUGAAAGUAACAUCACGUUUUGUUGAAAAAUUGAUGGUUUGGGAAAGAAUCUUGUUUUUUCAUGCAGGUAUGAAUAAAAUCAAAAAUACACUCGAGAGGCUAUGACCACUUAACAGCCAUGAUAAAAAUGUCAUAACACAUGGCCUCAUGUAUUAUUGCUUAAAUAACUAAUUGGUAGGUGUACCUUUUUUACUUUUUACAUCUGAACUUUCAUUAUCAUCCCUCAUGAGGGAGGGAAAUUAGAAAAUGUCUUAAAGAUGUGGGUUUUUGGUAACAGAAUGACGACACUAGGCAAUAUUUUUUUAACUUACAGAAGGCAGAUCAUUUUGCAAAACUAAAUAUAAAUGUUGAUAUUAGUUGGCAGGGGUCUUCAACAUUAUUGUGCUUUUUCUGCUAGAUGUUUUCUAAGACCCAUUUUCCAUCUGUUUGACCAGAAAUCAAAGCCUUUGCUUAUUCAACAUUUUUCGGAUGGAAAAUGGUUGAAAAAUGUAUACAUGCCUUAAUUUCUCAGAAAUGUAGACUCUUGGCUUUCAUUUGACACCAAAUUUGCCGCUAUGAGCUUCACAUGCUACCGCUCAUGGAGCUUUUUAUAUGGGAAUGCCCUUAUGUAAUGUGAGAUGUAGCCAAAUUGAUCACUGGAAGGGACACAUUGCACUAAAAAGUGUCUCUGUUUGAAGGGCAUUUUUCCUUUCUGCUGAUAUAGCAGUUGUGCUAAGCGUACUAUUAGGUACCAUUUCCCUACAUGCUGAGAGAUUUGUUACUCUGCCUGUUGACAGUCAUUAAAAGGUGAGUUUGUAACGUUUCUUUGUGGUUCAGGUAUGAAAAGGGAACUCCAAACCCUUAGGGAAGAGAUCAAAACAAUGGCAAUGCGGAUCCAGAAGAAACUGAACAGUGAGUAUUCUAAGCUGAAACGAUAUGACGAGCUACUGACUAAUGACCACUGGUGAUUCGGUGCCCCCAGUGGAUACACCUGAAUAUAGAAAUAUCCAACCCAUUGUUAUUUUUAAUUUUUUACAGCCAUUGAACCCAAAAAAGGAGAUGAUGAUGGCAAAUACGUCCCCAUAAACCUAAGGAUGCAGAGAGCACAAGUGAAGCUUCUAUUUAAUUAAUAAAGUAUUGAUUGUAAUCCAAUAUACAAUAGGCUGAUUUUAAUGUAACACUUUUUCCAUCCCUCUGCCUCCUCUCUCUAGCAUGGCGUCUUGUCUCGGGAGUUUGUGGAGUUGAUGGGCCACUGUAACACCAUCCAGGCUUCCUACAGAGAUCGCAACGUGGAGAGGAUACAGAGGCAGCUCAGAAUCAGUAAGUAUGAACGUUAUCUGUUACUGUUAUGAUACAGCUCAUCCGAAAGUGAUUUCAACACCAUGGAUUUUUGUCUUUUGAAUUCAAGACUACAAUGUAGAAGUUCAUCUACAAAGGUGAUUUCAUGUGAAAAUGAAAUAUACCCAAAAGCAGCGACUGUUAUUGUAUCCCUCCAGCUGGCACCAAUGUUACAGAUGAGGAGUUGGAUGUUAUGCUUGAAAGUGGACAGACUGAUGUUUUCACACAGAAUGUGAGUAUGACUGACCUGACUUAAACUAACCACAAUUGAUUCAUGCUGAAACCACCUGCUGGCAAUCCAGCAACAUUAUUCUGUUCCUCUUAUUGUUCUCUGUCAGCUAUGACUUUUCAGGCUCUGUGUUUUGCUGAUACAGCAGAAUGACAAAAAAACGUAUUGAAAUGGCAUUGUCUAGUUAAGCUCUUUUUAGUGUGGUUUGGGACAAAGACAUGCUUAUUCAGUGCCUUCAGAAAGUAUUCAACCCCCUUGACUUUUUCCACGUUACAGCUUGAAUUUAAAAUGGAUUAAAUUGAGAUUUUGUAUCACUGAUAUACACACAAUACCCCAUAAUGCCAGUGGAAUUUUGUUUUUAGAAAUGUUUAUGAAUUAAUUACAAAUGAAAAACUGAAACUUCUUAAGUCAAUAAGUAAGUAUUCAAUCCCUUUGUUAGCCUAAAUAAGUUCAGGAGAAAAUGUGCUUAACAAGUCACAAGUUGCAUGGACUUUUGAAUGACUACACCAUCUCUGUACCCUACACACACAGUUAUCUGUAAGGUCCCUCAGUCAAAUCAAAUGUCAUUUGUCACAUACACAUGUUUAGCAGAUGUUAUAGCGGAUGUAGCGAAAUGCUUGUGCUUCUAGCUCCGACAGUGCAGUAAUAUCUAACAAUUUCACAACAUAUACCCAAUACACACAAAACUAGUAAGGAAUGGAAUAUAAGAAUAUAUACAUAUAUGGACAAGCAAGGGGGUUGAAUAUUUUCUGAAGGCGCUCUUGGAGUAAAAUGAUGACAGAUUUGUUUUGUUUAAGGCACUCUUGUUUGCUUGCAUUGGACUACAGGUUUGGAUUUGGUAAGCACUCAUUGUCUGUGUCUGGGGACAUUCUUAGAAAUCUGUAUAGUCGCCAUAGUUGUGAAAGAGAACCCCGUAGAUGGAACCAUUUGGCCACCCCUGCUUUAGAAGAAUGGGACUACUUUAGCUGUUUCAGUUCAAGCAUAGUUGAUGUUCUCUUGACUGGAUGUGUUAAGUUUAAUGAGCAGUUAAAUAGACACUUGUUAUAUCAUUUCUCAGACACAACCUGAUUGUAACAUUUACUCUCUUCCUCCUGUAGAUCCUGAUCGAUGCUAAAGCCACUAAGCAGGCGCUGAAUGAGAUUGAGUCCCGGCAUGAUGAGAUCCUUAAACUGGAAAGGAGCAUUAGGGACCUGCAUGAAAUGUUCCAGUACCUGGCCAUGGAGGUGGAGUCUCAGGUAAGACUGUCAAAGGUUUAAAAGCUUUGGAUUGGUUGCAAGCAUAGGUAUAAUGAAUUUUCCAUUAUAUUUCCCACACCAGUACAAGUGCACACACUUUGGGGAGAAAGGAGAGAUGGGCUUUGGAGACUUGUUACUGAGAAAGUUGGUUGGGAAAAACCUUAGUGAAGUGUUUUGCUGUAAUGACAAACUGUUGUUCUGUUAUGCAGGGGGAGAUGGUAAACCGUAUUGAAGCCAACAUCAUCAACUCAACUAACUAUGUUGAAAAGGCAGUGGCAGACACUGCGAAAGCUGCCACCUACCAAAACAAAGCACGCAAGGUAGGAAUUAAUUUUAAGGUUGUUGUGCAAAUUAUUGGACAGGUUAGCUAAUGAACAUUGAUACUUGAUACUACCUUUCUAUCGCUCUCUUCCUCUACAGAAGAAGAUAUGGAUCGCAUUAUGCUGCGCCAUUCUCCUCCUCAUUUUAGCCAUCUCAUUGGCUGUCAGCUUCUCCUGAGAUCCUGAUGUGAGUUCACUCUUGACGUACAUGUAGUUAGCAAAAAUUGCCAUAUUUCAUAUGAAUAUCAUAUCAACAUUAAUUUACUGCAAAUACAAAACUAUGAACUAUUUGUUGAUUAGGUCAAUGUAUUCAAUCAAUUUAUUUUGUACCUUUUUGCAUACAUACUUUUUUGUAAUUCUUCCUUGCAGUGUCAUCUUCCUCUAAUCCACUUCUCCUGCCCUCGGACCUUGAAAAGAAGAGAAGUCCUGUCUUAUUGAUAUCACUGACCUUUUAACUAUCGAUACCCUCGCACAGACAGGCAGACUACAGUAGGCAACCAACCAUAGCCUCUCAUGCUCACGUUAACUGUCCCUUUCAGCAAAAGGCACUGCUGAAGUUUUUUGGCUCUCUCUGUGGCGCCCUUUUCUUCAAUGGCACCCUAAAUGAAAAUGUGUGGACAACUUGUUACUUACUCAACUUGCUGGACCCCUACGUGUCCGCAAGGAAGAAUGCAGUAUUGGAACCGACACUGACAAGGUACUGAUGAUCAGAUUUGCUCAGGAAAACCCAUAGCUAAAUUGAUUCUUAUUGUAUGUCUUUAUUUUAUAAAGCAAAAGAAAACAUUUUAAGCGCAUAGGGCUUGUUUUUAAAUAUAUUUUAGAUAUAGAAUAAUAUAAUUGUAUAUCGCCAAUAUUAUUUGGUGAGUAAUUAAGACGUGCAGUUAUCAAACUAGAAAGGUGUCUUAAACGGCUUCCAUGUUACCCUUGUAUAUAGAGAAGAUCUUUUAAAAAUAAUUAUUGGCACUUUACAUUUCUCUCCCAUUAAGAGAAUGUUGUCUAAGCACUGCAAUGAAUGGCCCAUUACCCCCAUGUUGUUCUAGUCACUUCAGUAUUUAUUUAUAGUUUUAAUAUUGUGGAAGCUGCUAUGUUUAGUCUCGCCACAGCAAUAGGAACCCUUAUAGUUAUGGUGCCUUUUUUCCUAGUUAACGUUUAUCUUGUAUGUGUUUGCGGACAUCUAAGGGCUCUAUCUGAGAUCAUGGUGUAGUGCACUACCUUGUUUUAUUUUUUUAAAGAAGGGAUGGAAUCUGUGCUGUAAUUAUUCAAUGCUCUUCUGCUUAAAGAACUCAUUAACCAUUUUAUAUCAGAUUUUUUUUCAAACCGUAAAGAUAUCAGCCAUGGUACUUUACCCUAGCCUUAAUUCUCUGUGCUGAUCAGCUCCUCCCUAUGAAGUGACUAGAGGUGCUAAAACUUGUACAGUAUUUGCGAAGGAGAAACAGGAUGAAUGAGGAGAGCAGUGGAGUACAUUGUGGCUGUUGAAUUUUGUAUCAAACUUUCAGCAUGGUUUUUAAAAUGUAUAAUGGUUUUAAAAAUAAAAACGUAAAAUGGGUUUAACUGUUGCACAGAUGAACGUUUGCCGAGCAUGGUUUGCGUCCAUGCCUCUUUUCUGCUACUGCUGCAUGUUCUCUGAGGGAAACAGUCCUCAAAUAUCUCAGGAGGGACAUCUUGCGCAUUUAAAUGUAACAUUUUCUACUACUGUAUAUGUUCUCAAUAGCCAUCAGAUCGAUGUACUAAAGACAUGGCUACAUAAGCAAAUCCCUGACAGGCAGAGAUUUAUGGUAUGCUGAACAAAAAUAUAAAAGCAACA